AUGUCUAAAGCUGUUGGUAUUGAUUUGGGUACUACCUACUCUUGUGUAGCCCACUUUGCUAACGAUCGUGUUGAAAUUAUUGCCAAUGAUCAAGGUAACAGAACUACUCCUUCGUUCGUUGCUUUCACCGAUUCUGAAAGAUUGAUUGGUGAUGCUGCCAAGAAUCAAGCUGCCAUGAACCCAGCUAACACUGUGUUCGAUGCUAAGCGUUUGAUUGGUAGAAAGUUCAACGACUCUGAAGUUCAAGGUGAUGCUAAACACUUUCCUUUCAAGGUCAUUGACAAGAACGGAAAGCCAAACAUUCAAGUUGAGUUCAAGGGUGAGACCAAGGUGUUCACCCCAGAAGAAAUCUCUUCUAUGAUCUUGACCAAGAUGAAGGAGACCGCUGAAGGAUUUUUGGGUACCAAGGUUAGCGAUGCCGUCGUUACCGUCCCAGCUUACUUCAACGACUCUCAAAGACAAGCCACCAAGGAUGCCGGUUUGAUUGCUGGUUUGAAUGUGAUGAGAAUCAUUAACGAACCAACUGCUGCUGCUAUCGCUUAUGGUUUGGACAAGAAGGAUGCCCAAGAAAAGAAUGUAUUGAUUUUCGACUUGGGUGGAGGUACUUUCGAUGUUUCCUUGUUGUCUAUCGAAGAUGGUAUCUUUGAAGUCAAGUCUACUGCCGGUGACACUCACUUGGGUGGUGAAGAUUUCGACAACAGAUUGGUGAACCACUUUGUUAACGAGUUCAAGAGAAAGAACAAGAAGGACUUGUCCACCAACCAAAGAGCAUUGAGAAGAUUGAGAACUGCUUGUGAAAGAGCCAAGAGAACCUUGUCUUCUUCUGCUCAAACCUCUGUCGAGAUUGACUCUUUGUUCGAAGGUAUCGACUUCUACACUUCUCUUACUAGAGCUAGAUUCGAAGAGUUGUGUCAAGACUUGUUCAGAUCUACUUUGGACCCAGUCGAAAAGGUGUUGCGUGAUGCCAAGGUUGACAAGUCUCAAGUCCACGAGAUUGUCCUCGUUGGUGGAUCCACCAGAAUUCCAAAGGUUCAAAAGUUGGUUUCUGACUUCUUCAACGGUAAGGAGCCAAAUAAGUCCAUCAACCCCGAUGAGGCUGUUGCUUACGGUGCUGCUGUGCAAGCCGCCAUCUUGUCUGGUGACACUUCAUCUAAGACUCAAGACUUGUUGUUGUUGGAUGUUGCUCCAUUGUCUAUGGGUAUUGAGACCGCUGGUGGUAUCAUGACCAAGUUGAUUCCAAGAAACUCCACCAUCCCUACUAAGAAGUCUGAGACUUUCUCUACUUACGCCGACAACCAACCAGGUGUGUUGAUUCAAGUUUACGAAGGUGAGAGAGCCAAGACUAAGGACAACAACUUGUUGGGUAAGUUCGAAUUGUCUGGUAUUCCACCAGCACCAAGAGGUGUUCCUCAAAUCGAGGUUACCUUCGAUAUCGAUGCCAAUGGUAUCUUGAACGUCAGUGCCUUGGAGAAGGGUACCGGUAAGACUCAAAAGAUUACCAUCACCAACGACAAGGGUAGAUUGUCCAAGGAGGAUAUCGAGAGAAUGGUCAACGAAGCCGAAAAGUACAAGGAAGAGGAUGAAAAGGAAGCUGCUAGAGUGCAAGCCAAGAACGGUUUGGAAUCUUACGCUUACUCCUUGAAGUCCACCUUGGGCGAGGAUCAAUUCAAGGAGAAGUUGGAUGCUUCUGAGAUUGAAGAGGUCACCAAGGCUGCUGAGGAGACCAUCACCUGGUUGGACGACAACCAAACUGCCACUGAGGAGGAGUUCACUGACAAGCAAAAGGAAUUGGAGGGCAAGGCCAACCCAAUCAUGUCUAAGGCUUACCAAGCCGGUGCUGCUCCAGCUGGUGCUGCUCCAGGUGGCUUCCCAGGUGCUGCUCCAGGCGGUGCCCCAGGUCCAUCCAAUGACGGACCAACUGUGGAGGAGGUUGACUAA